AUGGCGUCGGCGUGCAAUUCGUUGUUCAUGAAGUCGCUGCGGAGCAGCGCGUCUUCUGCGUUCUCUGCGAGCUCUUCGCGUCUGCCGUCGCGGCCUUCCUCUCGCUCUCCUGGCCUGCGGAAGCCCGACGCCUCCAAAUCCUCAGGGCCCCCUCGCGACACCGCCUCAGCCUCUUCAUCUCUGCCGCAAGUGGACGCGCUCCCUGCGGCUCUCUCUCCCUCCUGUCUUUCUUCUGCUGCCGGCCAGCCUCCAUCUCGGAGAGUUUCGCGCCGGGAACCGGAUCAGCGGUCUGCCUCUCGCCGGGUCGAGGGAGAGGCGGGCGCUUCCUCUUCUUCCUCUCCUUCGUCACUUCCCGCUGCUCCCGGUCCGCGUCUGAGUUCAGGGACGGCGGCGAAGGUGCGAGCCGCGCUGCAUGAGACGCCCAGGAAAGCGUCAGCCCCUUCUGCUCCCUCGGACUCCUCUUCUGCUUCUCCCUCCGUGGCUUCGGCUUCUCACACGUUUCCUUCUCGACCUCCGCAAGCUCCGCGGCACGCGAGCGCGCGCGCGAGACGCCUAGGGUCUGAGAAGGAAUCGCGGGGCUGGGAGAAGAGAGAGACAGCGGAGGGAGACAGUCUCUUGUCUGCUGGCGGGCACGAAGGCCGGUGGGAAGAGAGCGAGACGAAGCAGGACUUUGAAGAUCUGUCGCCAGUCUCUCCCGCCCGCGAGACGCUCUCUUCGCUGCUGCAUAGCGGCGGAAUCUCUUUGACACUUGGCACAGAGGACUGUAUCUCGCCAUCGCCUCGGAGACGAGAGAAAAUGCGAAAUCUUCUUUCCCCGAUUUCGCGGAUUCUCCAGCCGCUCCGGCGGCCGCGCUCGCAUCUCUCUCCCUCCUCCGAGGCUUCUUCUCCAGUGAGAAUGAUCCACUCAGACCUGCUGGGGGCUGCGGACGGCCGUGCAGACAAGUUUUGCCUCUCUGGCUGUCGCGGUCGCUUUCCUUCUCCUCUGUCGCCUUCGUCCCUCUACGAGGAGAGCGGAGGAGAGAAGAGCCGCGAGUCGCCGGCGUCUGCGAAAGAGAGGGAGAGGAUGCGCCCGUCUCCGCGCGCGUCUCUGCGGCUGAUUGCUCCGCACGGAGGGUCGGACGAAGAGGCGCGCAGGUGCGACGAGAGUGCGAGCGGCGAGGAAGGCAGUUCCUCUCCCGAGAGACGCGGCGAAGCGCCGGCCAGCGUGCACCGCGCUGCCACAUGCGGCGCCGCGCCGCGUGUGGCUGAAGAGCGUGCGCAGACAGAAGAGCCGCGCGAGAGUGAGGAGCUCGAAGACGGACAGAGGGAGGGGCGUCUCGCAGUGAACGAACCUGGGGAGGUAGACGGCGCACAGAACGACGCAGAGCGCACGCACCGACGCGACGGAACCCGGCGAUGCUGCGCGUGCUGCGCCGAAAAGAGGCUGAGGAGGCGCGUAGACGCCGCCCAAGACGCGGCCGCGGACAGUCACCAGCCGCCAGAGAAGGAAGAGGGUCUCGCGCAAGCGAGAAAGUCUCAAAAGAAAAAACCCGAGAGGUCGCUCGACCAGCUCGUGACGGAUCUCUACAACAAGCACCGAGAAGGCCUUGACCGUCGGCAAGUUUUGAAGUCGAUCUUGGAGGAGCAGGAGAUGAAGGCCUGCUCGUUUCAUCCGCGCAUCACCGCCAGGACGCGAGGCUCCGCCGCCAGCCAGAAGCGCGAGGCCGCCGGGGUUCCUGCGCAUGAGCGCCUGCACGCGGAGGCGCGGAAGAAGACGGCGGCGACGGCGCGGACGCGACGUCUCUUGGGGUUGAUUGAGACGAGCUGCUACUCGUACAAGCCCGCGAUCACGCCGCAUCCGUCGGUGUCCUCUGCGCCUCGCGUGCCGCUUCACAAGCGCGUUGCCGAGGAGUUGGCUAGGAAGCAGGUAUCGUUGGAGAGACUCGAAGCGCGGACACGCGAUGCGGAGCUCUCGAGCUGCACGUUCGCACCCAAGAUUCUCUCCCGCAGCCGUGCCCUCGCCUCGCGCGAGAAGCGCUCGCUGUCCCGCCGCCCGCUUCACCUUACUGCUGCGCCGCAGGCUUCCGCCGAGUCGCGGCGGGAGUCUGCGCCCGUUUUUCUCUCCUCAUUCGCUCGGAGUGCGGCGCGCACCAGCCCGCGCGAGGGUUCGCCGGCGCUUUCGUCUCCCCGUGCGGGCACUGAGGACGCGCACCACGAGGAAGAUGCGCUCUUCGCAGCGUGUCUCAAGGAUCUCGUUCUCUCCAGCGACCGCGAUGCGCAGGACAUGCCCAGUCUGCAUCAAGAAGAGGCCUCCGCGCAGAGUCUCUGCGCGGCAGGAAGCGAAAACGCCGCGAGCCCGCGCGCCCGCGAGCCCGCGAGGCGAGAGAGAUGUGUGCCUCAAGGCCGCAGCGCCCGACCGAGCUCGAGACGCGAGGGAACCGGAGGCGCUGGGCAUAGAGCCGGAGGGCGACAGACACGCGCAGAAGAUCCUCUCCCGAGGCGGCCCGCGCCCUACGCGUCCCUGUCUCUGCCGCCGUUCCACGAACGGCUGGCCUUCUACUCCUUCGUCAAGGCGAAGCGCCGCGAACUGCUGCGACGGAAGCAAGACCAAGGCGUCAUGACCUUUAGGCCCAAGCUGUGCCCGACGACGGAGAAACUUCUGCUCAUUCACCCUGACCGGCUCUUCGAGACAGCCGAUGAGCGCCUCCACCGCCUCGCGGUUGAGGACGUUGAGCGACGGAGAAAGAAGCAAGCGGAGUUCGCCGAUAAGAAAGCGUUUUCCUUCGCGCCGCGCAUCGAUGAAGUGUCGCGGCGCAUCGCGGAGAAGCAGCGGCGGUCGUUUCAGACUCUGAUUGAGGAUUCGAUGCACAAGGGCGCUUCAGCGAAGAGACUCGAACACGCGCCCGCGCACGCGCGUGAGACGCGCGUUUCUUCUGCUUUCCGCGCCGCGUCUCGGGGGACUCCUGAUACCACAGCUUCGUCGUGUACCUCCUCGGACUUUUACUGCGACGAGGCACGCUCUGCGUCGUCGCAUCGCCUCAAGUCGAGAAGCGGUCGCGAGAGGACUUCCGCACGGGGCCUCUCGGCGGCGCGCAGGCCGACGCAGGCGUCCACGAGAGAGAAGAAGGACUCGAAGAAGCGAGAUCCCUACGCGCAUCUGCAGUCGCGGUUCUCAGACAUGGAGACCUACAUGCGGCGCGUGGAGGAGGAGAGGCAGAAGAAGGAAAUCGUCCGCCAGCGCUUCAAGCAGCAGCUAGAAGAGAAGGAGAUGGCGGAGUGCACGUUCCAGCCUCAGCUGCCUCACAGUCCGGAGCCUCCAGUCGCGGAGCCCUCCUUCCUCGAGGUCAAGGGAUUCAACAGGUUCAUCGAGCUCCGUCUGCUUGCUCAGAAGAAAGAGGAGGAGAAGCGGCAGCGCGAAGUCGAGGUCUUUGGCGAACGUCUCGAAUCUCCGCGAAACGUCGCAUGCCGGAGGAACCUCGUGGGUAUCGCUGUUCCCGACUGGAGCGCCGCGGCGCCCGGCUGUCCAGACAAGCGCCGCCAGGGGGAAACGCGGCCUCUCCACGCUGCGAGUCUUCAUCAGCGUACGAGUCUCAGCCCUUCACCGGAGCUCUCAGUUGACGACUCCGACAGCGAUUUCCCGAGAGAUUCUUGGGAGCGGAAGUGUUUCUUCGAGGAGUUCGAGGAUGAAUUUAGACUGUGUGCGAAGGAGAAAUUCAAGGCGGCCGCGUGA